GAAGCUGUAGGCUGGAGGGGAUGAAGAUGGCGGACGCCAAGCAGAAAAGGAACGAACAGUUAAAACGAUGGAUAGGUUCGGAGACAGACCUCGAGCCGCCUAUACUGAAAAAGAAGAAGACGAAGGUGAAGUUCGACGAUGGCGCCGUGUUUUUGGCAGCUUGCUCAAGCGGCGAUACGGAGGAGGUGCUCCGAAUGCUUGAGCGGGGUGCUGACAUCAACUACGCCAAUGUAGACGGGCUUACUGCCCUGCAUCAGGCUUGCAUAGAUGAUAACGUGGACAUGGUUACCUUCCUUGUGGAGCAUGGGGCAAGUAUCAACCAGCCUGACAAUGAGGGCUGGAUCCCUCUCCAUGCUGCUGCCUCCUGUGGCUACAUGGACAUAGCAGAGUACCUGAUCAGUCAAGGUGCAAACGUCGGGGUUGUAAACUGCGAAGGAGAGACACCAUUGGACAUAGCAGAAGAAGAAGCCAUGGAGGAGCUCCUGCAAAACGAGAUCAACCGACAAGGAGUGGACAUUGAGGCGGCCAGGAAGGAGGAGGAACGGAUCAUGUUGAGGGAUGCACGACAGUGGCUCAACAGUGGCCAGAUCAAUGACGUCCGCCACGCCAAGUCUGGAGGCACUGCUCUGCAUGUCGCUGCAGCCAAGGGAUACACAGAGGUGUUGAAGCUUUUAAUCCAGGCCGGUUAUGAUGUAAAUAUUAAAGACUAUGACGGCUGGACUCCACUCCAUGCUGCUGCACACUGGGGAAAAGAAGAGGCCUGUAGGAUACUGGUAGAAAACCUGUGUGACAUGGACAUAGUCAAUAAAAUGGGUCAGACAGCAUUUGAUGUAGCUGAUGAAGAUGUCCUAGGCUAUUUAGAAGAAUUGCAAAAGAAACAGAAUCUGCUCAUGAGUGAGAAGAAGGACAUCAAGAAGUCUCCUUUGAUAGAAACUACAACCACCGGGGACAACAAUCAGUCUUUGAAAUCACUUAAAAGUAAAGAGACCCUGCUGUUGGAGCAAGAAAAGAGUGCUCCACGUAUAGAGACUUUGGAACCAGAGAAGGUGGAUGAAGAAGGGGAGGGCAAAAAGGACCAGGAGUCCAGCUGCUCUAGUGAGGAAGAGGAGGAGGAGGAUUCAGAAUCGGAAAAUGAAGCAGACAAGAGCAAGUCCACCCCUGCGAGCAACUCCAAUAGUGCUGUACCCACAACGGUGCCCACCAGUAUCACGGUGUCCUCUCCCACUAGCCCCACUAACCAGGUGACGACCCCCACUUCUCCUGUGAAGAAGGUGGCCACAUCGGCUGGGAAGGUGUCUCCGAAGGAGGAGGAUAGAAAGGAUGAGUCUCCGGCAUCCUGGCGUCUGGGCUUGAGGAAGACGGGUAGCUACGGGGCACUGGCUGAGAUCACGGCCACCAAGGAGACCCAGAAGGAGAAGGACACUGCUGGAGUGAUGCGUUCAGCCUCCAGCCCACGCCUGUCCUCAUCCCUGGACAACAAGGACAAAGAGAAGGAGAAGGAGAAGACCCGCCUGGCGUAUGUUGCACCCACAGUCCCACGGAGACUGGCCAGCACGUCAGAUAUCGAUGAAAAAGAGAACAGGGAUUCUGCUGCUAGUCUGGUACGUAGUGGCUCCUACACCAGGAGGCGCUGGGACGAUGAACUGAAGAACAGUGAAGGAACCACAUCACAGAACAGAACAUCCAGCUAUCAGCGCAGCACGUCCCACACACUAGCGGUAGGGCGGAGCAGCAGCACGCGGGACGUGCCGGCCAAAUCCUCAUCAGCCUCCAGCCUGGACCCUAACACCUGUAACACUAAACCCUGGCGUUCAUCCUACUACCAGUCUUACAGCAUUCACCGAAGUGGUUCCUUUGGCAGGAGAUAUGAUGAUGCUCUGAGCUCCUCCACCUCAUCCUCUACCACCACCACCACCUCGUCUGUUACCUCACCCACGGGUCACCGCAGCCUGCUCUCCAGCCAAGGCUCCUCCGCUCGCACUGGCUCCACCAGCCUCACCAGCAGGUAUUGGUCAGAGGAGAGUGCGGAGAAAGACAAGGAGAAGGAGUCUGCAGCAGUCAUCCCUACAAUCGUAAACACUGCGUCAACCACCACUACCACGUCCACUACCACUGGAACUGUGCUUGGCUCAGAUGGCAGGGAAAGACGCAGGUCAUACCUCACCCCGGUCCGGGAUGAAGAAUCGGAGUCCCAGAGGAAAGCUCGGUCCAGACAGGCCCGGCAGUCCAGGAGGUCCACUCAGGGUGUGACUCUGACAGACCUCCAAGAGGCCGAGAAGACCAUUGGCCGCAGUCGCCCAACGCGAGCCCGAGAGGACGAUAAGGAGGAGAAGGAGAAACAGGACAAGGAGAAGCAGCAGGAGGAGAAAAAGGAGACGGAGACCAAGGAGGACGACUACAGGUCGCGAUACCGGAGCAUUGAAGAUCGCUACCGAACCUCUUCCACCUCUUCUGCUACAACAGCUUCUACUACACCCUCCUCCAGCAGCUCGCUCUACUCCACUAGUUCCCUCAACAGGCCCAACAGUCUGACGGGCAUCACCUCCUCCUACAGCCGCACCUCCAGAGACGCCGAGAAAGAAUUAGAUAAGAAGGAAGAAGAAAAAGAAGGGGAGGACAAGUCCCAGCCUCGCUCCAUACGGGAUCGCCGGCGGCCCCGUGAAAAGAGACGCUCCACUGGAGUGUCCUUCUGGACCCAAGAUAGUGAUGAAAAUGAUCCGGAACAGCAGUCUGAUUCAGAGGAGGGCGGUACUAAAGGCGAGCCCCAGAGUGACCGACUGUCAAGGAAUGACUCUCUCUCCACUAGCACUUCAUCUAUCGAUCGCUACGAGCACCUGGGUAGCCGUGGUGAGGGCCGCAGGCCUUACUCUCGUCUAGAAAGAGACGACACCACCGACUAUAAGAAGCUUUAUGAGCAGAUCUUAGCUGAAAAUGAGAAGCUGAAGGCGCAGUUACGUGACACAGACCUAGAGCUUGCAGACUUGAAGCUACAGCUGGAGAAGGCCACACAGAGGCAGGAACGCUUUGCUGACCGGUCACAGCUGGAGAUGGAGAAAAGGGAAAGAAGAGCUCUAGAAAGGAAAAUCUCUGAAAUGGAGGAGGAACUCAAGACGCUACCAGACUUGAAAGCAGACAACCAGAGACUUAAGGAUGAGAACGGAGCGCUGAUCCGAGUCAUUAGCAAGCUUUCCAAAUAGAACAGACCCCCUCCGCUCCUUUUCCUUCUCCCUUUCCUCACUUACUCCUCCGACUCCCUUCUCUCUACCCACCCCAUGGCAGCGACUAAUGGUAUUGCACAUUUAGAUGUUAAUUGCAACAUACAUCAGUGACAAGAAGGCUCCUUCUCCCCCAACUGCCAGCCCUUUCUCUGUUCUCUCCCCUGUCACAGCGCUCACCUCAUCCACUCAUUCCCCCUUUGUUUCACCACUGCAACUUGCAGCUGCUGUCCAGACAGAACCACUGAGUUUACAAAAGCAAAGCUAAGCGAUAGUGAUGCGAAUGGCAUGUAAGCAUUGUGGGCAGGGAAGCCUCGAAAACCUAUUUAACCAGUAAAGCCUUAGUUGUACAUAAAAACACUUGCAUCAAUCUUUCGGCUGUCACAGAAGAAGUUACUCGACACCUGAUUUUUAUUUGUGCCACAGGCUCUCUUUCUCUUUCUCUCGCUCUCUCUCUCUCUCCCGCACUUUUUUGGUUUUAUUAGAUUUUGUUUCCUCUUAUUGUGCUACCUGCGUAGACGUAUGCAAUGUGCAGAUCUCCCUCUUCCUGCUCAAUCCUUUCCUCCUUUUGUGCAAGAAAUCCCACUCUUCUCAGAGGCGCUGUCUCUCAGCAGAAGACUUCUUGGCAUUCCCCAGUGUUGGUACACACAUGCACACC